UUGGAUCGGAAGCUUACAAGUCUUCGUCGCGAUUCAGGCGGCUCCAGCUCCUCGUCUUCGUUCGCACUUCAACAGAUUUCUUCCUCGAUCCAUCUUCGAGAAUUAGAGAUCGAUUCAUCUGUGUUCUUCUCGUCCUUCGAUUGGAUUCGGCAUCUCGUAGAUUCGAUCUGCAGUUAGACUGUGUGAUGUUUCCCAUCCUCGAGACUAUAUCUUUUUGCUCUUUUAAGAGAUUUUGAUCGGAGGGCAUGGGAAGGUUUAGAUCUUUGUCUGCGAUUCUGUCACUGUACUUUCUUUUGUUGGCAUCCGUCGCUUCAUCUCGUGUUCUAAUGAGCGAUUCGAAGGAUACGCCAUCGUCGACUCCGACUCCGGUUUCUCCUCGACCGGCCGAGAUACCUCCUCCAAACCCUAACAAUACUCUUGGGGUCAAGGAACUGAACGAGACUUGUGAUUCUUCACAUGUUCGCUGUCAUGGAAGUUUAACUGUUUGUCUUCUCUAUUCUGAAAAAGAUUCCAAAAAUUAUUCCCUUGUAGUUCAAAAUAUUGGAGAUGACACUUCUAAUGUGAAAAUUAUUGGAAAUCCUGCUUUUCCUAUUACUAUUGAUAACAUUACUCUGGCCAAAAAUAUUUCCAAGAAGAUAGCUCUUCCAUUUGAUGCUUCGAAUGUCAUGGAAAUUUUCAUAUAUUCAGGAAGCGAUAAUUGCAGUAUUCAAAUUGGAGCUCCUGAUUCUGACUGGAAUAUCUUACAGCAGUUACUGUCGACUUAUGACAUACACCUGACCCCAAUUUAUGGUCUUUACCUUUUGGGUUUUACUGUGGUUGCUUCUGGAGCAACAUGGGCUUGUUGCCGAUAUAGGAAGAGAAGAAACACAGACAGUUCUGGAAUCCCAUAUCAGCAGAUUGAGAUGAGUGAUCAGCCGCAGUCCACUGUAACGAUUGACUCCAAUGCUAUCGAUGGAUGGGAUGAUUGGGACGACAAUUGGGACGAUGAAGCUGCUACAAGGCCUGCAGAAAAACACACAUCUACAAGUGUUUCAUCAAAUGGCCUCACUUCAAGGACACCGAAGAAAGACGGAUGGGAUUCUGCUUGGGAUGACUAACUUUCAGUAAGUUUCACCUCUUGAAGAACAGCAGUACCAUCACAUGGAAUUUGCAUGAACAUUUGUGCUAAAGCUUCUGUUAUAGUCCAGGUAAUUUCAUGGAGAAGACGAAGUGUCUGCGAUAUUUUUGUACACUAGAUUCAGUUGGCAUUUCAUAUAUUCCGUUGGUUUUGUAUCAUCAAUUAGACCAUUAAACACUAUUGUAAAAGUUUUUCUUUAACUUGCCUCUUUUUGAACUGUUCAAACUGUUCGGCCAAUUGGUGGCUCGGUCCAAGAAUUUAACAUAAAUAACUUUUGUGUGUGUAAAAAUUACGAAAUCCAUUGGUCCAA